CUACUGGGGCUACUUUCUUCUUUUUCACAUGUAUAGCAGUUCUGAUCUCUUUCCUUUCGGUGUAGGAAAUGGAGGCAUUGAUGAGCAGCUUUCAAAAAUGUGUAUGUUGUUUACCUUUCAAUCUUUCCGAAAGUUGCUUCUUCAAGAAGGAGAAAAGAUGGUUCUUGUGUGGUUGGACACACCAUAUAACCAAGCAGUAUAUGGGCUUGUAGACAAACUAGGAAGCUUAGUGGUUAGGCUGGUGUUUCUCCCAUUUGAAGAAAGUUCAUAUGCUACAUUUGCAAGGUCUGCAUCAGGUGAACACACACAGAAGCAAAAGAAACUGGGAAAAAGUUUAUCUGAGGCUUUGAAACUUGUUUUACUAAUAGGUUUGGUGGUCAUGGCCUUUGGCCCUAGCUAUUCCUACUCUCUCAUCAGAUUGUUGUAUGGUCGCAAGUGGAGUGACGGAGAAGCUUCAACAGCUCUACGAUACUAUUGCCUCUAUGUGAUUCUUUUGGCUAUGAAUGGAACAUCUGAAGCAUUUUUGCAUGCGGUCGCAGAUGAGAUUCAACUCAAGCGCUCAAAUGAUUCCUUGCUUGUGUUCUCAUUGAUUUACCUGGUGUUGAAUGUUUCUCUUAUACGUUCAGCUGGUGCAAUUGGGUUGAUUUUAGCAAAUUCUUUGAAUAUGGCUUUAAGGAUCGCUUACUCAGCAGUAUUCAUCAGGAACUAUUUCCAGGGUUCAUCCUCAUUUUCCUUCGGUAGCUGCCUGCCCUCUGGUUGGACGUUUCUGCUUCUUUCUGGAGUAGCCACUCUAAUUUCAGAAAAGAUAUUUCUGGAUCGGGAUGACUUCUGGAAAACAUUUAGCUGUCACUUCUUAGUGGGAACCACCAGUUUCAUGCUAGAAGCCUUUAUCAUCUAUCGUCGCGAGAGGAGCUUUAUCAACAAUAUCAUACGUUUCCGGGAGCUUGCUGACUGAGAAGAAAAUCCCACUGCAGUCAAAGCAAGACCCUUAGUCAUCAGUUAUUUUAUGGACAGAAGAUGGCAUUUAGCUCCUUGAUGCAUAUCGGCAAUUGUUUGUUGCAUUUCAAAGUGAAAAUCAUAGUUUACUAGGCAGGUGUAUUCACUUGUCGGGUUUCCACAUCAAAUCCAAGUGGUCUUGGCAUCUCA